CUAAAAGCGCUUGUUUCUCCAGUACCGAAUGUUUCAACUCAUGACGUUACUCUAGUUUAAGCUCAUGUUUGCUACUCAAAGCAUGUCGAAGAAAUUCUCCAUACUGCUGGCAGUUUCUAUUACCAUUCUCUUGCUGUUGGUAGUUGUGGUAAUCGUAGUCACCGGGGGGAGUUCAUGUGCCGCUAUAAGAAAUUGCGAUUCAUUUAAGCCCAUCUGUGCCACAAAUAAAUAUGAACAUCAAUUCUUUUAUAGCCAGUGUGAUAUGGUACGAGAAAAUUGCAUGACCGGAACAAAUUGGAAACGUGAUCAUUUUUCACAUUGCAAUGUUAAUAGCUAAAUUAUACUAAAUGCUACAACAAAUUAUUUUUCUAUUACUAUUAUUUUUAAACUACCUAUUUACAUAUAAAUAUAUGUAGAUUGGAACUACAUAUAAACAUAUGUAUGGAUGUUAAAUAUAAAGUUUUAAUUUAAAUUAGUUUUAAAUAUACUACCAAACAAAUGCCUUUAUUAUUAAUAUGCCAAAAACCAAAGUCAAUUGUGUUCUAAAUAAACUAAAAUAUAAUUUUAAUAAUAAUUAUUUUUAUAAACUUAACUAAA